AGAAGAAGAAGAAGAAGAAGCAGCAGCUGUAAACAGAGUUAGCUGUUAGCUCAAUUUUAGCUCAUUCUUUUGCCUUUAUUUCAGUAUUUAGCAGUAACCAGGAGGCGCGAGACCAACAGAGAGGAAUGGCCUCUCCACCCCCCCUCUCCUCGCUGCGCCUCCUGCUCCCCCCCCUCCGCCUGAUGACGGCCUCCAUGUGGCAGGUCGCCCGGCAACAGAGCGUGAAGCAUUAUGGGAUGCUAGAGGACUUUGUUUCCAUGGUGACCGAGGCGGUCCCUCAGCUGCUGACGGACAGGCAGAGGAGGCUGCUGCUGCUGGCUCUCAGGGCGAAGGUGACCCUCGUCGACCCUCAGGUGACCCUCGGCGACCCGCAGGUGACCCUCACUCACCUGGAGGAACUCCGCUCCGAGAACACGAUGGAUGACGAUACGUCCUCUCUGCAGUCUCUCCUCGCGCAGAGUCCUGACGACAGACAGCGCCUCCUGCAGGAAGUGUUCGACCACAGCUUUGACUCCGCCCUCCAGGAGCUCAUCUCUGACUUCCUGUCCCGGACGGAACAGCUGUUUCCUGUUCCCGACUUCAAACAGACGGCCUGCUGGCUCUCUGCUGCCCCCGGAGCUUUUGAGGAGUGUCUGCAGGAGGGGGAGCACCUGAAGGAGCUGCUGACCAAUCAGAGCUGUCGGCUGGGGAAAGCCUCCACCACAGUGAGCCAGGACACGGAGAACGUUCUCCUCACAGCCUGGUCCCAUCCCCUCCUCAACAAACCGGCCAAUCAGGAGCCUCUUCCCGCCAACAGCCAAUCAGAAGAACUCCCAGAUGUCCAAUCAGAUCCUCUCCCUGACGUCCAAUCAGAUCCUCUCCCUGACGUCCAAUCAGAUCCUCUCCCUGACGUCCAAUCAGAGCCUCUCCCUGACGUCCAAUCAGAGCCUCUCCCUGACGUCCAAUCAGAGCCUCUCUCUCAGGUGAAGGUGGAGGUGCUGGUGCUGACGGAGGGUCAGGAGGAGACUGUGAUUGGUCAGAGCGAGGAGCAGGAGGCGUCCAAUCAGAGCGCAGCAGGGGGCGGGGACUCAUGGGAUGUCACACCUGUGAUCGUGGAGGUGCACAGGCUGAAGGAGUCACCUGAAGACUCUGCCGACCAAUCAGAGGACACAGGGGACCAAUCAGAUCAGAGCCCUGAGACCCCUCCCCCCCGUGUGUACAGAGCGUCUCCCGCUCAGCGCGUCGCUCACAAGUGUCCUCGCUGUGGGAAGUGCUUCAUCUACAGAUCUCAGGUCAGAUAUCACCUCCACAU